GAAAAAUUUUAAAAUCAGAUUUACUGUUUGAUGUCGUUACAUGAAAAAGUCAAGAGGCGAUUAUGCUUGAGAAGUCGGCCAAUGAAUACUGACCCAAAAAAUUUGUAAAACAAGCUAACGAGAACCAGUACACCCGCUUCAGUAACGAAAUUUCGUGCUCAAUGAUGCUUCGGGUCCUCCUGCUAGCGUUCGUCGUCUUGGGCCCCGGGCUAACCAGACGGGUCAGCUCGCACGAGGGAUCGGGAGAGUGGAGUUGUGAGUCGAACUCGGAGAUCCGAGUCCAGGCGGAUUUCAGGCCGGGAGUCAUUACCCUCGACGGUCACGCCGAUGAUUGGAAAUACAUUGAUGGGUUCGAGUUCUCUCUCCUCCCUGCUCUUGACCCAGACGAGGACCACGAGUACAAAGAUGGAACAAUGACAGUGAAGGCUUUACAUGAUGGAAAUGAUGUCUUCUUCUUGUUGCAAGUUGAUGGGGACUAUGCCUACUCCAAAGGGGAUAACAGAAAAUGUCCAUCUGCAGCUCUUAUGUUUCAAAUUGGUGAUGAUGCUACCUAUCAUAAUAUGGGUGGCUGUAAAGAACAAAGGGGCUCUUGCACCAACAAGUCUUGCAAAGGCCAUGAAGUUGACAUUAUGCACUUCUCUAUUGGAAAUGCUAUACCUGGAAGGCUCUAUGGUGGCAACCUGAUAGAUAACGGAGAGGGAAAUGGAGGUGACAGGUUUGGUCAUUUGGUUGAUGUAUAUGCUUGGAACCCGCACUGUAGAUACCUUGAUGGAAUGGGUCCUUCUGGAAAUGAUUCUAGUGGACAGAAUAAUUGGAAAGGAGCAUGGUGGCACAGUAGCUUAGCAGUUCAUUCAGGUUUUGUGGAGGAAGACAGUCCUUAUUCCUCAGGAGGUCAGAAGGGAACAUAUUAUUUUGAAUUUUCUAGGCCUUUGAGAACCAUGGAUCGUCUUCAACAGGACGUUCAAUUCACAAUUGGUGGAUCAAGCAAGAUGUCUGUUGCACUCUGGUAUCCUGUUGAUGGGAAUCCAUGGUUUGGGUCUGGACACUAUACGAUUAACUGUGAUUGGGUGUCAUUGGAUAUCGCUUCAGGUGGUUCUGUGCUAACCAAGUCUGCAUCAAGCAGCUCCUGGGAUGUGACCAGCUCCUUUGCCCUUUUAUUCUCUGUAGCCGCUCUCUGUGUAGCCGUAUUUGUGGCAUAUCAGGUUUCUAGACACAAGAGUGUCCCAUUUACACCAAUGGAAAAUCUUUAGAUAGUUAUACAGGUCUGCCUUUGUACAACCAUAUGAGUUUGAGCUUGUCAUACAUGUUAGGGAUUGUACUAUUGAUUGAGUUUGUACUGCCUAGCUUUGUACCUUGAGCUGUCCCACUUCAUUACAUUUUUUAAUAAAUUUUAGGUUUAGUUUAUUA